AUGAAGGUUGAGGGUUUAGCUGAAGGCAGGGCUGGGGGUAACCCCUGCCCUGGUCCUGCCAGCCAGUGCUGUAUCUCGCGACUGCUAAGCGUGGUGGAGAGUGAGUUGCAAGCGGGGCGCGAGAAGGGGGACCCCACGGAGAAGCAGCUGAAGGUGACGCUCGAGGAAGCGGAACUGUGGCGGAAGUUUAAGGAAGUCACCAAUGAGAUGAUAGUCACCAAGAGCGGCAGGAGGAUGUUUCCGGUGCUGAAAGUGAGUGUAUCGGGUUUGGACCCCAACGCCAUGUACUCCUUCCUGCUGGACUUCCAGCCAGCUGACAGCCACCGCUGGAAGUACGUUAACGGGGAGUGGGUUACAGCCGGUAAACCGGAGCCUGCCGGUAAUGGUUGUGUGUACAUCCAUCCCGACUCACCCAACUUCGGAGCCCACUGGAUGAAGGCACCUGUCUCCUUCAGCAAGGUCAAACUCACCAACAAGCUCAACGGAGGUGGACAGAUCAUGUUGAACUCUCUCCAUAAGUAUGAACCUCAGCUCCACAUUGUGAGAGUGGGCGGAAGCCACCGAAUGGUCACUAACGUCUCUUUCAGCGAAACACAGUUCAUCGCUGUCACUGCCUACCAGAAUGAAGAGAUCACCGCUCUGAAGAUCAAAUACAACCCGUUCGCUAAGGCUUUCCUGGAUGCCAAAGAGAGGAACCACCCGAACAGUCCAUUGGAGUCCCCAUUUGAUAGCCAUAUGGGAAUUCAACACUGUGGCUGGUUUCUGUCUAACCCAGACUCGCUGUGUUCAGGUGGGGGUCCUAGCUUCCCCUAUAGCGGGGGUCUGCCUCUCGCCCCUCAUGGGUACAAGCACUACCCCCCCAGGCCAGCUCCCUACCCCCCCUCCUACCUGCCGCACCGCACGCACCCUUCUGUCUCUCUGUCUGAGGGGCUACAGGUGUUGUCUGGGGGUCCUGAUGGCUGGUCCAGUGUCUCCUCCCCCGGCCCCUCCUCCUCAGCCCUACCCAUGACCACACCCUCCUCACCCCCGUCCACCAAUAGCAGCAGUCAGUACCCUUGUUUGUGGACGGUCGGGCGUACAGACGGGAGUCCUGCCUCUUCUCCCUGCGCCCAGCUUCAUGGACCAAUCAACAGCGAGAGCCACCCACAGCCACCCAAUCACGUCCGGCUGGGCGGGCCCGGUUGGCCACCUGUCUCCAGCCAUUCCUUCUAACAAACUAUGUGAUUGGUCGAUGCCCACAUGGGCAUGAUCAGUACUGCCCUGGGACCCGGCCCUGGAAGCCCUUUAAUGAACACAUCUUAGAUAAUAGACGUUCCUCUGCCCAGGCGUUGACAGAUGUUACAUCUUCUGGAAAGGUAUUUUAAGUAUCAGCUAACCACAUCACAUAGCAACCUGAUGCCCGACAGCAGUCGAUGAUGUGGCACAGAACCACUGGUUGAUGAAUGCAACGUCUGAGCAGGGGAAGGCGACCAACGUGUGUGUGCAUGUGAUGCCAUACAAAUGUGUUAGUGUGUGUGCACCUCAAAAAACGAAGGCCCAGAUUCAAUCAGAUCAAGCGUUAACCGGCAAUAGCAGACACCUGCAUAGCGGAUGUUUUGGCUUUGUGGAACUACACUGGAGCUGUCAAAUCGGCGAGCAGCUGCUCUUGCGAUCAUUAUCACAAAGCCACACUGUCCUACUCGCGGGAUCAUGACGCUCACAUUGAAAAACAUUCAACCAAAUCGUUUCUAUCGUCAUAAUGGAGGUGGAGAUCACAUCUCACAUUCCACUGUUCUGACUUAGAAACAAGGCUGCAUGGGAUUUCUGUUCAUGCCACUCCGUGCAGCCAAUGGCAAUGUCCGCUUUAGGUAUAAUGCCAGGAGCCGCUUGUGGAUUUGACAGCUCCUAACGCAGUCUUACCUCCGACACCUCCGAAACGACCGCUGUGCGGAUGUUGGACAAAGUGGAUCUGAUUGAAUCAAGCCCUAAAUGUCUCUGCCUGCUUUCAAAUGACUUAUCAUUCUAUGUUUGUGGUUCAGCCCUGACCGACUAACUCUGGGCCCUGACAGACUAACUCUGGGCCCUGACAGACUAACUCUGGGCCCUGGUAAUAAGAUAUGUCAAACUGCCAAUAUGCAGGAGUCAGAAUAAAUAUCUAUGUGAAACUACGGUACAGAAAAAUAUGAAUUAUGUCUCUGUCUUCAUUCUGUCAGCUUUAUGAUAAUGUUUCUUUCUGAUAAAUGCUGUUCAUUGUAAAACGCUGAAAAUAAACAUUGGCCA